AUGAUAGAUGUUCCAAAAACAAAAGGACUUGAAAGUUACAACAACUAUCAUGGCGUAUCGGUCAAUAUCGGGCUUGAACCUCAUGAGCAAUAUUAUAAGCACAACAGUUUCUCUACAUCGGUCGUGAACACGAAAAUGGCUGACGAGCCUUUACUAGCGUUGAACCCCGAGAAAUUGACAAGUAUUGUUUUGGGCCAAAUGGAACGCUCUAUUUUCAGUCGUUCCCAACAACUCGUCCAUGCUCCUAAGAGCAAGUUUCAUCACGGAAGCCCCAACAGUUAUCAUGGAACACACGAAGGAGAAAAAGACAAAGACUUUCUAGCUAGUGGUUUCACCUCAAAUGAUAACGAAAAUGAAGAUACGGAGAACUAUGAAGAUGCGAUUGUUGCUUCUUUGUCUAAAUCACCUAGUGUUGAUACAAACUUGACUCUCGGAGGCCCAUAUGCCUUUUGA